UGGGUCCUGACUGAGAGUGUGUGUGUGUGUGUGUGUGUAUGCGUGCCGGAGCUAUUGAACAGUUUCCAAAAGCAAGAGAGUCGCGCGGACACACCUCAACCCCCAAGAAGAGACGCUCUGAUGCGGCCGGAGCCACUUUGUCAUUUAAAAAUUUAAACAACUCGAGUUGGAGAAGUCGCGUCGGGGUCGACUUUGAGGUAGAUCCGUGUGACCCUGGUCUGUCGCUGUCACCGGGGAGGAGUGUCAUGGCGGAGCCGGACUAUCUGGAGGGAGACUGCGAUGAGCUCAUCAAACCCAAGAAGUUGAUCAACCCGGUCAAGAACUCCCGUAACCACCAGGACCUGCACCGAGAGCUGCUCAUGAACCAGAAGAGGGGUCUGGCUCCUCAGAACAAACCUGAGCUCCAGAAGGUUCUGGAGAAAAGAAAGAGGGAGCAAGUUCUUAAGGCACAGAAGGAGGAACAGGAGGCCCACAAGAAGAGGAGUGACCUGGAGAUCGAGCUCAUGAAAAGACAACAGAAACUAGAGCAGCUGGAGCUGGAGCAACAGAAAAUUGAGGAGGAACAAGAGAACACCCCCGAGUUUGUGAAGAUGAAAGGCAACCUGCGCAGGACCAAGCAGGAGACUGACGGGGAGGAACGAACCACCUAAAAACCAGCAGGGGUGUCUGGGUCGGGCUGAUUGUGUGCGUGUUUGUGAGCACAGAGACGUCAGGAGUGUGUGUACAAAAAAAAAGCGAGUGUUGUCAGAGGAGCACGGCAGUGGCCCCUCGACUGCGGUCCGAGAACUUUCCUGGCUUCCCCAACCUAGCUGUUCCUCCCUGCAGUGUAGGAGAGAGAGACUUUACAGACUAAAGACCGCCCCCUCCUCCUCCUCCUCCCACUCUGCCUGCCUGCCUGCCACGGACCGCCAGUACUCACCUCUGCUCCUCACACCCACCCAGCAGCACACAGCACCCCCUCUCCCCCGCAGAAGGGACCUAACACAGACAUGUUACAUGUUACACGCUUUUCAGCGAAGGAAAGUGAGCUUCCAAUGAGCUCUGAUGGAGAAACAAAGCAACCAAACACACACACACACACACACACACACACACACACACACACACAGACACAGGAGUUUUUCAUCCCCCCGUUUUCACUUGUCUCUCUACAGCAAGCUGUCGUUUCUCUUUACUGUUAUCGAUGUUGUUAUCGUUGUUGGUUGUUUUUUGUUUUUGUUUUUUCUUCAUUCUCAUCUUCAGAAUCAAAUAAGGAAGUGGACACUGGAUGGACUCUUGAAGCUGUGUAAUGUAAAAGCCAAACAAAUGUGCUUUUGUUAUUUAUGUUUGUAGCUUUUAGCCCAGGUAUAGGGGAGGACACUUUUAAUGGUUCUGUAUUUUAGUUUGUUUUACAGUAUAGUUUAUGAAGCCAGAACAGGACGAAGGGAGUGUAUGGUUGUGUGAAACACUCACAUUUGCUUUAUUUUAUUUUAUUUUUUUUUUUAUUUUAAACAUGCCAUUUCCUCAGCUAAUGCAAUUUUGAGCAAUAGUAAAACUCCCAGGCAUGAGAGUGACAUUUUCUUUAUAUAUUCUGUUGUUUUGUAUGAAUAAAAGUGUUACUUAAUAAAUAAUUUAAGUUUUUUUCAGGCUGGUCAAUAAGAAUAAGCCUCAAGCCCUGUCUGAUUGGUCCUUGUGUGUUUUUACCAUAAAAGGAUUUGGUAGAGACCAGAAGAAACUGAACACUUGUAGGCCACCUGCCAUCUUGUGAUAUCUGCAUGGCUCCUGAAACAACUCUGAUAAGUGUCCUGGAACUUUAUCACUUCAGUAUUUUAUCUUUAUUUACAGUGGAGCUAUAGAUGUGCAGACAGGUCAUUUAAAUCAGUAAAUCUGAACUAAAGUGGAUGCUAACUGCAAAACUAUUCAACUAGCAUGUGUGCCCAGCACCACACACAAAUCCCACAAUGGUUACACAACUGUGAUUACUUUGGAUGAUAACGUGCACAUUUCGUGGUUAUUUAAAAAUCACAUAAAGUAAUGUUAUGGGUCUGAAAUUCUAGUUUAUGGGUCGCUAAGAGGCAACAGCUAUUAUUAUCAUGGGAAGAGGCAGAUUUACAACAACAUAACUCUGUGUUCCUCGCAAGAAUCUUCUUCCAAAUAAACAUAAUUUUAACACGUUC